AUGGUGCACCUGCCUGCCUCCCUGCCGGUGCUGGCCAUGAGGCGGUGGCUGGGGCUCGGGCUCUUCGUGCUCCUCUACCUUAGUUUAGGGCUGCCGCUGGGGCAGGCUUUAGGGUGGCUGGCUCUUCUCACCAUGGUGAUGAGUGCUGAGGAGCCAGAGGAGCAAGGUAGUCGCUCAUCUCAGCUGGGGCCCCACAUCUUCCCUAUAUGUCUUUUUGUCACUGAUAUGGAAGCCAAAAAUAUAAGUGCAUUCCUGAAGGGGCAAGAACUCUUCCUGGAGGUCAGGUCUAGCACCAUCGGCUACACUGCUGAUGUCGAGACUCCUAAACUCCUGGCUGCCCAAGGCUUGCAGGGCUAUGCACUGGAAAAGAAAGUAAUCAAAAGCAAAAUGGGGGAAAAAGUGGGCCUGCCUUGUUGUCAUGAAAUUCCCAGCUUGGAAAGCCUACACAAUUACCGAAUCUACUGGCAGAAGAGCACCACAGAGGUAGUGCUGGCUUAUGCAAAGGGGAAGAAGAUCUUCGGGAAUGAGCGGUAUGACAACCGGACAGAGAUGGACACCAGGAACUUCACCCUGUGGAUCUCCCCUGUAGAAAUCCUGGACAAUGGCUCUUACCAGUGUGUAGUUCAGGAACUCAAACCUUUGCAGAACUCCUAUGUUGUGUGUGAUAAGCAUGUCACCUUCUUUGUUACAGCUGACUUCAGUAAGCCAAACGUAACAGCAGAAGAAUUUGCUAGUUCUUGUGAGUCAUCUGAGAUGAUGGUAACAUGUUCUUCUCAUGGAGGUUUCCCUAAACCUAAAGUCUCCGGAGCCCUCGACGACAAGCCUGUGGUGUGGAAUGCCAGCCAGGUGUCUGAGUCCAGCCUCAGCCUGUACAACGUCACUGCCCAGCUGUGGGUCAGUGUGACUGAAGACAUCAGCUUCACUUGCUCCAUUGAAUAUAAUGGCUUUGUCAAGUCCACCAGUUUGCUUCUGAGAAAAACAAAUGACUGCAUUGUCUCUACUGUGCCUCCACCUUAUAAUGUCAUUAUUGCUUCAAGUAUCAUCAUUAUUAUCUUCCUUUUGGCUCUCACCCUAGCAGCAAGAUACCUCCCAAGGCAUGUCUGUUCUCCCUGUUGUAAGCCUCAGGAUUCAGUGGAAGAGGGUGUGAAAGAAUGUACAAAGCUACCCACAAGCUCUAAAAUGGCAUCUGAAACAUCAUCUGUGUGA